GUUAGGCAACAAAGCAAUUCCCUUUGCCGAUUUGAUCAUUCUCAUCGCCUUUUAGUCGAAUGAAUAAACGCUCAAAUUUGAAUCGCGUUCUAAGUAGAAUUGUCCCUCGUCGCGUUCCGUCGUUGCUAUGGAGUGAGUAAACAAUAUUGUGUUGGUCACGUGUCAAACACACUAGGCGAAGCUGUAACACUGCAGCUUAUUUACCGUACAAAUAAAACAGGGGAAUGAGAACGUGUUGAAAUGUUGGCUAAUGUUUCAAGAAACUCUCUGAAUCCUGGGAUUCCAUGGGAAAACAGACAAGGCACGGUGUCUAGUCAGCGACGAUCCAGGGCUUCUCUGAAAAAAGAAUCCAGACGCAGCUGUUUCUUAGGAGUGGAGACCUUGGCUGAGCUAGUCUGGGAGGGCUGGAAGCUCGGGAAAGAAUAUACAAAGUCACUAAUUCUGAAAAAUGUAAAUGAUAAGCUUCUGAAACUCAGUUUCAGACCUCCUAUGUCCAAAGUCUUCACAACACUGUUUCCUCAGACCAUAUGUAUUAGUCCCGGGACAUCUUUUUCUCUACCAAUCACUUUUCACCCCCGUCAGGAAUGUGAACAUGGGGACAGUAUUGAGUUCCAGUGUAAGGAGGGGACAUUUGUAGUGAAACUGCGUGCAGUGAUGCUACAUCAUGCAUUGGAGCUUCCUGAUUCAGUGCAGCUUCCGUUGUGUGCCGUCCAGCACAGCACAAACACCAGUUUCUUCAUUUGCAACAUCAGUAAGCUGCAAACCAGCUUCCAGUGGACAGUGGACCCACCAUUUGUGCUCUCUCCACUGAGCGGGGUUCUGAAGCCAGGAGAACAGUGCAAGAUCUAUGUAACUUUUAAACCACAGCAAGCGCUGGUGAACCAGAGAGAAGCCAUUUGCAGAUUCGGGAAGGAAGGGGAGAACAGCCGCACGGUGCUACUGAAAGGAUUGUCCAAGUACCCUUACCUACAGAUCAGUUCCCUUUGCCAGGAGGAAGGAGCUAGACUGCUUGAAUUUGGCAGUGUAGCAGUUGGAAGCUGUUUGGAAAAACAUUUUGAGAUCUACAAUCCGUCCUCAGUGUUGACUUCUUUCUCUUUGACUUGUGUGAAAAAGCCGGCUCUUAUGGAAUCUGUAUUCGAGUGUGAUGUGCAGGAAGGGCAGGUGGCUCCAUGCACCGUACUGACAGUACCUGUUCGUUUCACUCCACUCACUGUGGACAGCACUAGUGUAGAUUACUUCCAGCUCAGCUGCCCUGGUGGAAUCAGCACAGAUAUUCUGAAAGUCACUGGCUCAUGUAUAGGUCCAGCAGUUUCUUUAAGUUCCUCGGUGGUGGAUUUUGGCUGUGUGAAAGAAGGAGAAGAAGCCAUGCGUAUCAUUCAUAUCACAAACUCCUCUAAUAUCCAGGCUCAUUACCAGUUUGACAUAGAUCCUGGCAAUCAUAGUGUGUUUACACUUGACCAGCCAGUUGGCAUUCUGCCAGCCAAGGGCAAGCUUACACUGUGUUUAAUGUUCCGCCCCUAUCAUCCCAUUGCCUAUCACAAGAGAGCAGCGUGCCUUAUACUACACAAGGAGCCUCUUUUGUUGGACUUGAUUGGCACCUGUCACUCAGAACAGCUUAAACCAGACAUCAUACAACCCAGACACCUGCAUGUGUACAGACAAAACCUGCUCCGUGGCCUAACCUUCUACCCUCCUGAUAUUCUGAGUGCUAUGCUAGCUGAACAUAAACUGCAACUGGAUGAAAAUGGAGCAUUAAGUCUUCAAAAAGACUCCUCAGACGAAAUAGUUUUGUCCAGGCAUUUUUCCCAGAGGAGUAUAAUGGAAGAAUAUUUCCACAUGAACUCAGCUGAUAAGGCAGGAGAACAUCCUGAUGAAAGUGGAGAUCCUGAAUGUUUUCCCAAGCCCCAUGUCACAGUGGAACCCUCUGAGCUGCUUUUUAACUCAGGGCCAUCAUCACAAACAGUCACCAUCACUAAUCACACCAAAGGCAAACUCAGAGUUCUGUGGACGCCUGCUGCUGACUCUCCCUUCUCUAUUUCUCCUCUCACCGGUGACCUAAAUCCUUUAAAGUCCACUGUCUUCAUAGUAACAUAUGCACCCAAACAGCACAAUGUCUUCCAUGCAGCACAGCUUGAGUGUUUUGCCCUCUACAAGAUUUUGCAGGAUUAUCUGCAAACAGAGGACCGAACUCUGUGCCCUCCCUGGUGUCUCACAGUUAGAGUGACCGCUCACUAUUUUCAGCCUGGAAAUGAGCACUUCACCCCUUUGUUCUGUCUGCAGCCAACUCAAGUGAUUUUUCCAGCUUUGAGUCAGGUUUCCUACAGAAGCAUUCUUCUGCAGAACAAAGGAGAUCUUCCUCUUACCUUUAAUCUGUUGUCAAAUGGCUGUCCUGAUGUAUCUGUGCUGCCUCCUAGUGGCUUUGUACCACCAGGCAGCCACCAGAUACUCAUUGUUCGGGCUACUCCUGCUGAAGAAAACCCUACCAGUUUACCGCUUACCCUGCAGCUCAAUGCCAGCCCCAAACACACACAGGUGUUGAGCAUAGUGUGUGUGGCAGAGAGGCCACGCAUUACUUUAGAAGGUGAUGGGAGCUUGUUUUUCAGGCCCACAGCAGUGGGCUCUUGCUCCAAGACAACUUUAAGCAUCAAGAACUUUAGCAGAGUAGCAUUACAUUUUCACUGGAGGGUCUGUGGCUCAGAUCACAGAGUUCUCUCUGUACAACCAGACUCAGGAGUACUGCAGCCCAAUGAAUCUCAGGUUCUGACAUGGUCCUUCACCCCAAUUGAAGAGAUGACCUACAAUAUGAAGCCGAAUCUAAUAUUUUGGCCCAUUCAGAAACCAGAGAGUAAAAGGUCCAGGCUUUCUAUUGAAGUUGUGGGAUUGUCUGCCAAAGGCUCCAUACAGACUGGAAUCUCUUUUCUGGAUCUGGGUGAAGUGUUGGUUGGAGGUUGCAAGUCAUUUGAGUUUCCUCUGCUGAACACCAGUCCCUGUGCUGUUAGCUUUUCUCUGACUGUACUACAGAGCUGUACUGCUCAAGGCAUUCCUGAGGAGUCACUCGAAGGCCCCCAUGUUCUGGACAUGGAAACUAUGAAAGGCACCAUUCCUUCUUACUGCCGGCUGCUUGUUCACUCCACAGUGAGACCCACUCGCAGGACCCGGUACCGCUGGACCAUCUGCUAUCAAAUCCUCAAUACCUCUGGCUUGGUAGUGGGGGAGUCCAGCUCUCUGUGUCAAAUUGAAGCAGAAGGCGUUUAUCCCACGCUGAAGGUAACGGAUGCCCGUAGCAGUGGCAGCGUGGAGGGUUUAAGUAAGCUGUAUCUGUGGAAGCUCUUCUGUCUGGACGCACUUAAUACUUACCUGCUCAGUGAGCCAGGUCCACCUGAGCUUACCUACAAAGUACCCACUAGACACAGCUUUCGCCGAUGUCCCCCCGUUUUAACCUCAGCCAUAGUGGAUUUUAACUUCGGUGCUGCUCCUCUGGGUUCAGACCCCUCCAAUGUCCUGCUUAUGUUUGAGAACACUGGGAAUAUCCUUGCAGAGUGGUCAUUUCUGUUCCCGGAGGAUCAGCAGAUUGAGCUGGAGUGCUGGGCUGAGAGUAAAGAGUUAAGCUCCACUGAGCUUCUUCAGAUGAAGGUGCAGGAUAACAGGAUGUUUUCGGUCACCCCGUGCUCUGGUAAACUGCAACCUGGCCAGCGGAUGGCAGUGCAGUUCAUAUACAGACAUGACUUCACUGGGACGUAUCAUAUUCCUGUCCUGCUGAAGCUCUCUCACGGCAGAGAGAUUCUGUUGAAUUUCAUUGGUGUAACUGUAGAGAAGGACAGGCCCUACCUUCAUUUCCCUUCCACUCGACAUGUUUUUGCUCCUGUAGCUAUUGGAGGGUUUCAUCCCCCCAAACAGGUGUAUGAGCUCUAUAAUGGAGGAGCUCAGCCACUGAGGUACCGUGUGGACACUUUGCCGCUGCAGGAACUAGAGGAGGAGAACUUUAAUCAUCCUGUCCUGCAGUGCCUGAACCCAGAGGGAGACGUGCAGCCUGGGUGCACCACCACUCUGGAGUGGAUUUUCUCUCCUCUGGAGGCUAAAACAUACAGUGUAGACAUUCCCAUUUAUGUGCUGGAGGGAGAUAGUACGUUUGUGACCUUUGAAGGCUGUGGCUUUGACAAGAGAGACUCUGUGCCACUUCAACUUCACGAUGGACUUAUCACUGUUCCCAGCACCCAGAAAGUGCUGUUACCUGGCCAGAUGGUGCUUCUGUCAGAGGAAAGAGUGUCUUUUGGUGACAUUCCAGUCUGCUCUCGGAGUACGCGUAUCCUGUUUCUAACCAACGUCUCGCACACUGACCGUGUCUUCUACUUAUGGAAGCCGAAAGAGCAAGAUGGCAAGCAGGUAGUGCAGAUUCAUCCAGUGAGCGGAUCCUUGUCUGCAGGGGAGAGUGUUCUCUGCAUUCUCACUAUUUACACCUCGAACAGCCCCACAUUCCACCAGCAGGAUCUCAUCUGUGAAAUCACUUCAGAAGAAGCUUUGGCUAGUUACCGGAAAGACCUACAGCAGUUUGAGGAGGAGAAAGAGAGAGAAAAACACGAGUUCACCAUAAUGGAGAAAGAUCUGAUACAUACAAACCCUCAGCAUAAAUGCACGCAGGGAGGAGCAGUAGCCCAACAGAAAUGCUUCGCUGCAACACGAAAACGAAAGGCACUGCCACCUAUCCGAAGUAGCAGUGAUGCCAGGACAAAAGCUCAGGAGGAAAUUGGGAUGAAGCGGCCAGAGCCACCACGACCAAAACUGCUCCACCUGGGAGUGACAGCACGCUCCCAUGCCCUGCUAGAGUACCAGGAACAAUUCCCUUCUCAGUUCAGCAAGCAUCACAUCUACAAAUUUGUAACAUCAAAUCUUCCCCAUUCUGACUCAAUUGAGAGUAAGCUCUUUUCAACAAAUAUGCCUCCUCUCACCCACGGACCUGAAAGAGACAUUCUCUUAUACACCGUUACCUCUUUGCUCAGAAGUCUUUUAGAUGACCCUGAGUUCCACCAGGAACUGCGGAACAUCUCGACUGAACCAGCACCCUAUUUCUCCCAACUUCACCCUUCUCCCCUUGCGCCGCCUUCAUCUCCCACCGAGACACCAUAUGUACAAGACACAGUCUGUUUCACAGAUUUGAGACCAUCUACACAUCACGUUGAGAGCUCAGAUACUGUGAUACAGUCUGAGUGUGAUGGUGAUCCACAACCGUGUCAGAAGCUGAACCCCAAUCUCACGGAGCAGGUGCAGGAAUCCAUUCGCAGGAGUACAGAGUUCGGUGAUUUGAUGGAAGAGAUUCUGCUCAAUACUCUGCAAAACCUAAUGACAGAGGCUUUUCUGGGGGAGCUGGUUCUAACGGCCCGGCCACGCAUCAUUGCCCUGCCACCAUCCUCAGCCAGAAAAAACUCCAGGAGACAAUCCAGAGGCCAUGCGCUGUAGGGGAGUGUAACGAAUCAUCAGCACACACUGGGAAUCCAUCCCUACAUGCCCAGCAUUACUCUGCUAUCCCACCUCAGCACCUCAGAUGUUCCCCAUACAGUGUCAGGUUCCCUCCACUUACCAUCACUGUAUUUGUGUAUUUUUUCCGGCAUCAUAUUCUAAAUAAAUUUGAGGAGGAAAAAAAA